CUCGCUCACGGCCGCGCAUACAAGCUCAGCAGCGACAGCGACAACCAAGACCAACCAGCUUCGACGACGAGUUCCUGGACCCAUUCGGCGGAUUCUCCCCUUUCGUCCACUCUCAUAUGCAUCGCCCAGACCUGAUGUUCCGCGCGCUCAACGACAUGCACGACGCACACUUCGCCCGAGCAGCAAACCACUUCGAUGCCUUCGAACGCCUCUUCGAACAAACCCGUCCAGCUCCGGACGAUGCACACUUCACAUUCUUCUCCAUGCCACGUGUAGCUGCGGGACCACCGCCUGAACGCAAACGACCACGCAACAGUACACCAAACCUUCCUCCACCAGCAUACACAUCCACCACCUUCCAACCCCAACCCCAACCUCCGCCCACGAUCCUCCGCCCAGACGAAGCCAAGCGCCUGUUCAAAGCUUACAACGACCGCUGGACCACCCUUCCCACCACAUCCUCCGAUAUCCCCUACCCAGCACGAGGUCUGCACGCCGGCGGUCUCGUGGCCCGAGAUUCCCUCUGGGCCCCCAACGUCUCCGAUCACGUAUCGAACUGGUCCGAAGAAACCGUCAUGCAAGCCAACGCCCAGGCCUUCUUCUUGGGUGUGGUAGGUCUGGUACCGAGAUAUACACAAAACCCUGGGACUGGCAGGAUAGAAUGUGGGUUUGACAGGAAUACUGCGAGGAAGGAGCAGGUGGAAGAGUUAGUUCAACUUUUGAAGAGGGAGAAGAUUAGAUGGCAUAGUGAUCGAUUGGGAAGGAGAAGUGAUGGGAGAGGAGGAGUUAAUGAACGCUUACAGAGGGAUGACAGGGCCAGAGCGGUUUUCCAUGCGGUUUGUGAAUUGAUGGAGACGGCACAGGCGGUAUAGACUCGAUCAGGAGUAUCCUUCAACCACAAUCAUCCAUUUCGACAAUU